CCUUGUCGACGCAAAUCAGACAACAAAUGUCAGGUCCAGAAAAUUGGGAUGUAAACGAAUUAAGUGAUCCUAUUGAGUUUGAAGGAGAGCAUUCAGCAAAUGAAAUUGAUCAGUCUGAAAUCAAUUUGUUAGGAUCACCAAAGUUGGAUGAUAAUUUAUAUACACUGUGGCAAGAAUUGGUCGAAUCAGCUGCGCAAAAAUCAAUUUCAGUAGACAGUAAAUUAGAUGAACAAGACUAUGUUCAAUGUGUUGGAGCUUAUAUCUCUGGCAUAGGGCAUCGGGAUAUUAUCCCACUACGGAAACGUUCUAGUGGUCUCGAAUUAUUACGGAACACUGGGAUUAGUCGAACAUACUUUGGGAGUGAUUUACUUAAACAUUUAACAGUUAAUAAUUCGAAUGAAGAGUCUAAUGAGAACAACGUAUGUCAUUCAAAUGAAUUUCCAGAUACAUGGGCUAACAGCAAUUGUGAGAAUGCAUUCACUGGCUCCGGAAUUUUGGAUGUGUUAUCAAAAUUAGUCUUGCCUUUAUCACGUAAAACAGAUGGUUACUUACGUCAAAAUUUAUUAAAAACUGUCAAAUGUACAUAACCUACACUUAUAGAUGUAUAUAUAUAUGCGUCCUUGUGACUUAUGAUCUUCAAUGAAACUGUUUUCUUCUUCGUUAUUACUCCUCCUUUGUCUCACCCCUCUGCUCACAGUUUCUAUUAUGCCUUUCUUAUACUUUCUUCUCUUGCUUCGCGUGCUACACGGAGUGUGGCGACUUGAACUGUCGCAUAUUUGUGC